AUGCUGCCGACUGUACGGUUGAUUUUCCUGAUCACCCUGCUGGUUCAAUCCUCCUUCCAGGAGGAGGAGGAAACAAGCUAUCUCCGCUUUUGCGGCUUCAAGAGCGGAAUCAACGUGUGCUACACCCAUCCGGUGGAAGCGCUGAAGGCCCCCUUCGUUUGGCCAGCCGGAUCUCCGACGCUUCGAUAUGUGGACCUGGUUGGAGUAACCGUGGCAGAAUCUUCCCAUCAGCUUUUCGUGGAUUUGCUGAGCACUGCCAAUCGGAUGGAUGUUUAUGGAGGAAAAGUUCCCACGAUUUAUCAGGUUGCUUCCGUCGAUAAGUUUGUGGUUUCGAACAGUAGCACCCGACGCUGGAUUCUAGAAGAUGACAGGGAGUAUAUGGCCACCGAAGUAUUUUUUAAUCAGAAUCCCCUGGAAGCUGUUCCGGCGAAUGUAGGCAGGCUGAAAAGAACGACGGAAAUUUCUUUGGCAGAUGCGGCUUUGAAGGUGCUGAAUAUGAGUGCUUUCGAUGGUUUGGACCAAAUGGUAUUUCUAACUUUCAUCAAUAAUAUUGUGAGUCUUAAAGUAAUUACUCCAAUUGUGGUGAAUAUGGCUGGAUUGCGCCAGUUCUAUUGCCAUCAAUGUUCAAUAUCGGAACUGGAUGUUAGCAAAUGGAAUAUGCCAUCACUCAAAUGUUUAAGCCUAGUUAAAAAUCCACUGACUUCCGUUCCGAAGGGUCUAUCCAAACUGAAAAAACUUCAGAUUCUCGAAGCGUACGGAAACAAAAUUCAAACCCUUCGAAUGGAUGACUUUAAAGGACUCGAUCAUUUGACAACACUUUCGCUGGAAGAGAACCAAUUAACUAAAAUCGUAGUCCAACAGCCACUUUCGAUAAAAGCCCUUCGAUUCGUGGAACUGCAGACGAAUAAGCUUCUGGAUGCUAGUGUCCUUAAUCAGGUUGAUUUACCGGGUUUGGCAGUGUUGAACUUUGCCGACAAUAAUCUGACUCGUUUCGAUGCCACACCCCGAUGGAAGAAGCUGGAGUAUCUGAAUUUGGAUCGCAAUCCCUUGGACUGCAAUUGGGCCGUAAAGGAAGCCGUCAAUCCCCAGUCAAAGGUUGAGAACAUCAAACAAAUCAAGGAAUCCUGCUGGAAGCCAGUGUUCGUUAAAAUCAAUACAUAA